AUGGCGCCCAGUUUCGACACCCUGUCCGAGCAGGAUUUGCACGAAGAGGAGGAGGAGGAGAUUGACUUCUCCGAUCUCAAGGCGCAGUACGAAGUUCAGGCUGAGGAGGGAUUGGACACAUUCGUCGUUAUCGAUGGCCUCCCCAAGGUGCCCGAGGCAACCCGGGCGAAGCUCGUGGACUUCUUGUUGAAACACAAAAUCUCCAAGCCUAACAAAGAGGCUCCCACCGAAGAAUUCGUCACCACCAGCGAUGCGGUGUUCAUGCCUAUCAACGCCGACACCAAAUUGACCGAAGGGUUUGCCUUCGUGGAAUACAAGACCGCCGAACAAGCUGCGACCGCCGUCAAGAGACUGGACAAUGUCGCUGUCGAUAAGAAGAACAUCAUGCGCGUGAACAAGUUGAAUGAUAUUGAACGCUAUGGACGCACAGGCCGUGUCAACGAGGAGUACGAGGCCCCCACCCUGGAGCCAUUCAAGGAGAAGGAGCACCUGCGCUCGUGGAUCGGAGAUUCCAACGCCCGUGAUCAGUUUGCUCUAUACCGCAACGACAAAGUUGGUGUUUUCUGGAACAACAAGAGCAACCCACCCGAGAAUGUCGUCGAUCGCGCCCACUGGACACAAUUUUUCGUCCAAUGGUCUCCCAAGGGUACCUUCCUCGCCUCAGUCCACCCCCAGGGUGUCCAACUCUGGGGAGGCGAAUCCUUCUCCAAGCAAAAGCAGUUCCCCCACCCCUUCGUGCAGUUGAUCGAGUUCUCUCCACUUGAGGGCUACUUGACAACGUGGUCCGCCCGCCCCAUCCAGGUCGAGGAAGGCCAACCCAUUCUGACUAACGAGGAGGACGGCAAGAACAUCAUUAUCUGGGAUAUCGAGACUGGAAAGCCCCUCCGUUCUUUCGUAUCGCACGAUCUCGCUGCCCCUGUCGCCAUCGACGGCGAUGUCGCCCCUAAGAAGAAGGUCCAAUGGCCCGCCUUCAAGUGGUCCUCCGAUGAGAAGUACGUUGCCCGUAUUCUCCAGGGCCAGUCAAUCUCCAUCUACGAGCUCCCCAACAUGAACCUCCUCGGACGUUCUGCCGUCAAGAUCGAUGGCGUUAUGGACUUCGAGUGGUCUCCAGCCACCGUUGCCCGCGAGGGUGUUAAGCAGUACGAGCAACUCCUCUGCUUCUGGACCCCCGAGAUUGGCAGCAACCCCGCCCGUGUCGGUAUGAUGAGCGUUCCCUCCAAGGAGGUUGUCCGUACCCGUAACCUGUUCAACGUCUCCGAUGUCAAGCUGCACUGGCAAUCACAAGGUACCUACGUCUGCGUCAAGGUCGACCGUCACUCCAAGUCAAAGAAGUCCAUGGCUACCAACCUGGAGAUCUUCCGCGUCCGCGAGAAGGGUGUUCCCGUCGAGGUCGUCGACAGUCUUAAGGACACCGUUAUUAACUUUGCCUGGGAGCCCAAUGGAUCACGAUUCGUUGCUAUCACAAACGGCGAGGCACCCCAAGGUGCUGCCGUCGCUCCCAAGACCUCUGUCUCUUUCUUCGCACCCGAGAAGAAGGGUCACCUAUUCGGCAACUUCAAGCUGGUCCGCACUGUCGAUAAGAAGACCAGCAACGGCAUCUACUGGUCCCCCAAGGGACGUUUCGUUAUUGUCGCCACCGUUCACUCCCAGACCAGCUUCGAUAUGGACUUCUGGGACAUGGACUUCGAGGGCGAGAAGAACGAGGCUGAGAAGGACCUUGCCGCCAACCUUCAGCUUAUGAAGACUACCGAGCACUACGGUGUUACUGAUAUUGACUGGGACUCAACUGGUCGCUACGUCGUCAGUAGCGCCAGUGUCUGGACACACUCCAUGGAGAACGGCUGGAACAUGCACACUUUCUCCGGUACCACCCUCUCCGAAAACCCCACCGAAAAGUUCAAGCAAUUCCUUUGGCGCCCGCGCCCCGCCACCCUCCUCAGCAAGGAGGAACAAAAGCAAGUGCGCAAGAACCUCCGCGAAUACUCAAAGGAGUUCGACGAGGAGGACAAGUACGCCGUGGACAUUGCCAACACCGCCGUUGUCGAGACCCGCAAGCGUGUGCUCAGCGAGUGGCUCGCAUGGCUCCGUCGCGAGAAGGAGCUCCUGGCCGAGGAGAAGGAGGUUCUUGGGUUCCCCGAAGACGCAGAUUCACCCAAGGCCGCCCGCGACGCCCGUCCCGUUAUCGAGGACCAGGGCGACUCGGUGGUCGAGGAGAUUGUCGAAGAGAUUGUCGAAGAGACCGAGGAGGUCAUUGGAUGA